AUGUCUCUUGACGAAACUCUGAAUGCGGGAACGCCAGCAAUUCUGUCCGGUGGUGGUCCCAGAAGAGGAUCGAUUACCCAAAUGGGGAGCCCGGUGUUCUUGAAGCACAGCGGUUCGCUGUGCUCCAUACACGGUAAUGAAACAACACCACUUUUGGAUCCAGAAAACCCGAGAGAUUACUCGUCCAGCAACCAGGAGUCGUACAUCCAAACACGGAGAGCGUCACUACUGUCAUCCAAAUUCAACGGGUUCGGACUCACACCAAUCAAGAGCGGGGACACCAUUCUCGAGGUGUCCACGACGAUCAAAGAAGAGACCCUGUUACUGUUCAAGACCUCCAUUCCCUUGAUUGCUACAUUCUUGUUACAAUACUCGCUUACAAUCGCUUCUGUGUUUAGUGCUGGAAGUAUCGGGUCUCAAGAGCUUGCCGCGGUCUCUCUCUCCAACUUACUGGCAAAUAUAUCCUCAUAUGGAAUCAUCCAAGGAAUCGCCUCAUCUUUGUCCACGUUGUGUCCUCAAGCUUACGGACGUAAAGACUACGAGGCUGUUGGACUGAACGUGCUCCGCUGUUACCUGAUGCUAUGGGUGAUGUUUGUUCCAAUAUUCAUUUUCUGGUACUGGGGAUCGUAUCCACUUCUGAUCAGAAUUGUUCCGGACGAGCAUCUUUGUGAGCUGGCCAGUUUGUAUCUGAGACGGCUGAUCUAUGGAGUGCCUGGAUUCAUGACAUUCGAAGUGGUGAAACAGUUCUUACAAGCACAGGGUGCGUUCCAAGCUUCAACUUACGUGCUGAUCAUCUGUGCUCCAUUGAAUCUGCUACUUAACUAUAUUCUUGUUUGGGAUAAGCAUAUUGGUAUGGGAUUUAUCGGGGCCCCAACAGCUGUUGUGGCCACCAACUGGUGUAUGGCAUUGAUGCUGGUCUUUUAUGCUUACUUUGUCCAAGGACCUAAAUGCUUCUGCAGACUUUCGAUGCAGGUGUUUACCAACUGGAAACGCGCAAUCGCACUGGCUGCUCCUGGAGUGAUGAUGAUUGAGGCGGAGUGGCUAGCGUUCGAAAUUUUAUCUGUUGCAUCAUCACGAUUCGGCACUGCAUCGUUGGCUGCACAAUCGGUUGUUUCCACCACCAUUGUGACGAUCUACCAAAUUCCGUUUGCCAUUUCUGUUGCAGCAUCGACGAGAGUGGCCUGGUUUGUUGGGUCGGCGUCUAGGAAUGCUGCGAAAAAGGCUACCACAGCAGCUUUCCGCGUGGCGGGCAUGUUUGGUAUCUUCAAUGCUACCAUUCUGGCUACUUUCAGAUUUGAUAUUGCUCGAUUGUUCUCUCAGGAUCCUGUUGUCAUCCAAUUGGCGGGCAAAGUGCUGAUUCUUGGUGCCAUUUAUCAAGUGAGCGACGUUGUUUCGUGUGUCACUGGAGGAAUCUUGAGAGGUCAAGGUAGACAGUACAUUGGUGGCUGGCUCAAUUUGUUCAGUUAUUACUGUCUGGCAUUACCCGCUGCGUUUGUUCUUGCAUUCCGGUUCCACAUGGAACUGUUUGGGCUUUGGAUUGGGAUGGUGAUUGCGCUGUUUUUCGUUUCGUGCUGCCAGAGCUACUUUGUCGUUACCAGCGACUGGGAUUACAUCAUCAAAUGCUCGAUCGAGGACGGAAUGGCCCAUCAGAGCGACAACACCUUGAGACCGACAAAGAGCACGUCCAGUUUCAUUGACCAUAACCUGCUCAGUCCCACGAUCUCGGUGACCAGCAACUAA